CUUCAAAUAUGAAGAUUUACAUAAGCGGCCUGUCUCUUACUCUCGUGGUUAUUCUGCAUAUUCAUGGAUCAAGUUCAAUGUACCCGCAGAACACAGGUGGUGGGUCACAAGCAGUAUCCCAUCUUCUUCAAGCGUUACAUACUCAUGUUAAUGAGGAAAUUGAACGAAUUGCGCCGAAAAAAUUUCCAAAUGAGAGUUCGAAUGGUCCUAUACCAUUCUACAAUUUCGAGAGAAACCUUGCUUUAAUAAGAUACGCUGGUCGUGAUUUUAUUCUGGAAUUUCUUGAAACAGAGGCGGGAGAGCUGGCAAAUAUUCAUGAGGGAACUUAUCUUUACCGUCUCUUAGAUAAUAAAAGAAAAGGAAAAAGAAUUGCAGUAUACAACAAUCAUCAGUUCAUCUCAUUGAAUGGAUGUUGCUUUAUAAGAUCCCUAGUCGAACCCCAGACAAAUGAUUUUCUAGAAUCAGAAAGGAAGCCUUAUGGAUGGAUUAGUCCUAACGGCCUCCUUCUGUUUAAAACUGAAACUGCACCUGUACACGCAACUGGAAAUGCACCUGCAAAUGCACCUACACAUGCAUCUCCAUCUGCAACUCCAAGUACACGACAUUGAGAAACCUUAAUUCUUUUUUCUCAAUGUUUUCUUCGACGAACCUUGCCUGUCCAUUGCUAUCGAUUUGGAAUGUACGUGGGUACUCGUCGGUUCACCUUUUGUACUCACGGGUACCCAUGCAUUUUCCGUGAGCUAAGUUUGCCUUCAACAAUGCCAAUAUGUUUUCCAAUCUUCUAAUUUUUCUGUAUUUGCUUUUCCUUUCCAGUUACUUUACAUUUUAUCAUGAUUUUUUUGCAAAAUAUUCAUAACGUGACCAAUUAUGGAAAUAUGGUUUAUAUUAUAUUAAUUUUAUUGUUCUUUGAUGUGGAUUAUCAACUUAUAUAAAUUAAGUUACAGUUAUUAUUUCUUAGUAUGAUUACAUAGUUGUUAUUAUAAUAUCAGUAUACAAUGAUAUAACAAUGAAGGCUGCAAGUUUCUGCUGAAGAUCUUUUGGUCUGCAACACACCACAGAAAAACGCUGUUGUUAAAUUUGUUGCAGCUCAAAUUUCAUUUUAGAGAAUCUUCAGUCUUCAAUUUAUUCCUCUGAACGUAGCUGCACAUCUGGGCAUGUACGGGGAAUUUAUCUUUUUGAGACUGGAUUUUGGCUCAUGCCGAGUUGUGGAGUGCUACACCGCGCUUUCAGCCACCUGAAGGCCUGUGAAAGCAACUUUUCGCUUUGCGAUAUUAGGCUUACUGAUUUUUAAUAAGGAAACUAAUUAAAAUAAAAUUCACCUAAUUUUCAACUUUCUUUCAUUUAGCAGUGCAUACUAGUCACUUGGAAUGAAAUUAUAACUUCCAAAUGCCACAUUCAAAUGUUAAGUAAGUCAUGGCCGUCGACAUUUAAACUGAAGCCAGGAUGUAUAUAAAAUAUCAAGACCGUCUACAUAUACAAUUAGGUAUUUUUAAUUCAACGACUAGCUGAUUGCACUAUGUCCAAUGCAAAAAAUCUAGCGGGAAUUUUUCUGAACGCUUAGUCAUCAAUUUAGAUGCAAACGGUCACGACUUGGUUUUUACAUUCCGGUUUUGAUGGUUCGAAUGUCAUUUAAGUGUGGACUAACCUAGAAUUUGGACAUUAUACCACGCCAAGUACAAUUUUUAUUUCAAGACACUAAUACGCACUCGUAAAUGGGAAAAAAUUAAAAGUCAGGCGAUUAUUAUUAUAACUUACCUGAUUAUCAACAUCCAUUUUACCCAAAUAACGCCCGACCAAAUCAUCUGGACAGGUGACUAACAGUUUGUAGACAACACUUCAAGUUGCCCUGAAUGAGAAGAAACAGUUUUCAAAUGAUGACUUCCCUAGAGUCUCAUAAUGAACCUGUGUUGCUCAAAUUUGUUCAAACUCAAUCGAACACCGAUUCUGGUAUGCUUUAGAGGAUCGGCGAUUUUCUGUGACUCCAGGAACCAUAAAUUCUUCCAGUCAUCUGUGCUAGAAGACUGUUAAGCCUUGAUUUUUCGUUCUCACUCUGAGGGAGAUCAAUUAAUCAGACGUCUUUCUUUACACCACUACAAUUUACUUAUUCCUAAAUUUUGCUUUCGCUUAAGUGUGUUUUAGUUUUUAAAUAUUAUUUCCUGUAGUUGUCGAUAAAUUACAUUGAACAAAUUUUGUCCUGUGAACUUUUUGGUAGCUUUCGGUUCCGUUUUUGUUUUCAAUAAUAUCUUAAGACACAAGUUACUUAUCUUCAGACAAUAAAUGUUUAUUGCAGUAUUAAAUGUUACAAUUUCGAGUCCGUCGAUAUCCUGUAAGGCUUUGUAGCAUGUCAAGAUUCGGCGUUGUAAAAUUUGUUUAAAUUUAUGUAUUUCAUUUAAUAACUCAUCGGCAACAGUGUAAGAUUCGGUCAAUACCAAUUCAUUUUUCCCCGAUUUGAAGAGUUAGUCGUGUCCAGUAUCUAUUUAUCGACCGUCACCGUAUUUGAAAUUUAUUCUCAAUGU